AAUUGAUAACACAUUAGAUCGGUCAUCUCACGGAUAUAUAAGUUGGUAUAUCGAUCCUCAGAUUAUCAGUUAUCGUUGUGUUGGAAGACAAGAUGUUUAAACUUUUGAUUUCGCUUAUUUUUUUCACUGCCGUCGCUGCUGAUCCGUUAAGAGGGUUUCCUUUCUUCGGACGGUUCCCAGGGCGAAUCGUAGGAGGUGAUAACACAACGAUCGAAGAUGUUCCCUACCAAAUAAGCCUCCAAGUGUACGGCAGGCACAACUGUGGUGGCAGCAUUAUCUCAAAAGAAUGGAUCGUUACAGCAGGCCAUUGUGUUUCUUCAUCCGUAAGCACCCACACAAUCCGCGCUGGCACAACUUUUCACAAUAACGAUGGAUCUCAUCACACAGUCGCAGAAAUAAUCCGUCACGAAGGCUUCGGGUCAGAUGAAUCAGGAUUCCCGAUUAAUGACGUAGCUUUGAUCCGGGUUAAUGAAGUUUUUCAAUUCGAUGAAACGAGACAACCGAUCCCUCUUUUCAACCCCGAUGAGGAAGCGAUACCCGGAUCUAUUUCCGUUAUAACUGGUUGGGGAAAUACCUUGUCGGAGUUUCCAGACAAUUUACAAACUGUCAACGUGCCAAUUAUCUCAAAAGCACAGUGUAAUGAAAAUUAUGCCAGCUACGGAGGAAUUCCUGAGAAUGAAAUUUGUGCGGCUUAUCCGGGAGGUGGUAAGGACGCCUGUCAAGGAGAUUCUGGUGGACCUCUCGCUAUCGAAGGACGCCUUGCCGGGCUUACGUCCUGGGGGAUCGGGUGUGCUCGUCCAGAGUAUCCCGGAGUUUAUACAGAGGUUGCGGCUUUCCGAUCUUGGAUUAAGCAAAAGACUGGAAUUUAAUUAUUUGUUCUAAUAAUAAUAAAUAAUAAUUUAUUUAUUUCAUUAA